AAUAAUUAAUAAAGAAAGCUCGAAUCUAUUUGGGGCCACCCUCUGGUCAAAGGACCAUGGGUUAAGCUAUGACCGUGGUUGAGUUAGCGAGUUAACAGGAUAUGUAAGCGAAUGUUCAGUGCAAAAGGGAAACAGAAGGAUUGAGGCGUGGUAGCGUUGGUUGCAAGCUCUUCAUCAUCACAGAGUGGAACAAAAAUUUUUUAUUCUUGAGGGUGUUUGUGUUUUCUCCAUUGAAGUUUUGACUGUAGUUUCAGAUCACUAUUUUUUCACUUUUCAGCUAAUUAGCAGGCAGAAACACACAACAAAAUGGCAGGCACCAAUGAAAACUGUGCCCAAGAGCAGGUUAAUGAGGAACGAGAUGUUAAUGAACAUUCUGUUGAGGAAAUGUCUGAUGAUGAAAGCCAUAACAUCCAGAGCAAUAGUGAAGGGAACAAUAAGCCAAAAGAUCAAAGCAUGCCAUCUACUCAACAAGAGGAGAUGGUAAUAAAAAAAAAAUAUGGAGGAAUUGUUCCCAAGAAACCACCUCUUAUCUCGAAGGAUCAUGAACGUGCCUUCUUUGAUUCUGCAGAUUGGGCAUUGGGAAAGCAAGGGAAGCCAAAAGGCCCAUUAGAGGCCCUCCGACCAAAGUUACAGCCUACACCUCAUCAACAAGUACGAUCACGAAGGUCAUCUUAUGCUCGCAAUGAGGGUGAAGAUGGAGCAGUUGUGUCCUCAGAGGAGGCAAAUGAAUAAUCUGCUGGAAGCAGCAUUAGGUCGGCUUGCCUGCUGUACUUGCAUUGCCAUGGAGAGGAGCCAAUUAAGUUUAGAUUGGUUUGGUGAAAUCAUUUAGUAUUUGUACAUAUAUCUUGGGAAAUGGGCUAAUCUCUGAUUGAGCCUCAUAUAUGAGAUACUGCUAUUAAGAAUGGUGUUAUUCAAUCAUUUACUGUUUUUGAAGGCA